CGCGGGGCUGGGGCCCUGAGCUCAGCCUGGGACACGGCUGGCAGGGGCUCCGAGCUCAGCCCUGGGCACAGCAGGCAGGGGCCCUGAGCUCAGCUUGGGACACAGCGGGCAGGGGCCCUGAGCUCAGUCUGGGACACAGCGGGCAAGGGCCCUGCGCUCAGCCCGGGACACGCACGGGCUGUCCCUCCCGUCCCGCAGCCGCUGAGCCCGGAGCUGCCGCUGAGCCCGGGGCUGCCGCCGCCAGCCCUCGCUCGGAGGUGGUUGUGCAGCCCAUGGUGCUGUGCUGGGGCCCGAGGCUGGAGCCGGGGCAGGCGGGAGCACCAGGGAUCCCAUAAUGGCUCCUUUCAUCCCACGGCGGUGGCCGGCAUCCAGGGCUGAGUCAGGCCUGGCCAGCUCGGCUGCGUAAGCCCCUCGCCUUGGAGCCUUGCGGGGUCCCUUCUGCCCCCUGCUGCCCCGCCGGCCAUGGAGGAGGAAGAGGAGGCCAUAGGGUACCUGGAUAAAGUGCUGGAGGAUGAAGAUGACUCCGAGCCCGGAACCCCCACCAGCCCCGGGUCUCCGUUCUCAGCCAGCGAGAAGGGCGAGAGAGAGGCUGGCAAGGGCCUGGAGAUGCGGAAGCUGGUGCUCUCGGGAUUCCUGGCCAGCGAGGAGAUCUACAUCAACCAGCUGGAAGCCCUCUUGUUGCCUAUGAAGCCGCUGAAGGCCACUGCCACGACGUCGCAGCCUGUCCUCACCCUCCAGCAGAUCGAGACCAUUUUCUACAAGAUCCAGGACAUCUACGAGAUCCACAAGGAGUUCUAUGACAGCCUGUGCCCGAAGGUGCAGCAGUGGGACAGCAACGUCACCAUGGGCCACCUCUUCCAGAAGCUGGCCAGCCAGCUGGGGGUCUACAAGGCCUUUGUGGAUAACUACAAAAUCGCACUGGAGACGGCAGAGAAGUGCAGCCAGAGCAACUACCAGUUCCAGAAGAUCUCAGAGGAGCUGAAGGUGAAGGGCCCCAAAGACUCGAAGGAGAGCCACACGUCGGUCACCAUGGAGGCACUGCUGUACAAACCCAUCGACCGGGUGACACGGAGCACCCUCGUCCUGCAUGACCUCCUCAAGCACACUCCAGCCGACCACCCUGACUACCCACUGCUCCAGGAUGCCCUCCGCAUCUCACAGAACUUCCUCUCCAGCAUCAAUGAGGACAUUGAUCCCCGGAGGACAGCAGUCACCACCCCCAAGGGGGAGACCCGGCAGCUCGUUAAGGAUGGCUUCUUGGUGGAGCUGUCGGAGGGCUCGCGGAAGCUGCGCCACGUCUUCCUCUUCACCGACGUGCUGCUCUGCGCCAAGCUGAAGAAGACAGCGGUGGGGAAGCACCAGCAGUACGACUGCAAGUGGUACGUGCCCCUGGCCGACCUGGUGUUCCCCUCGCCGGAGGAGUCCGAGCACUGCCCGCAGGUCCAUGUCAUCCCUGACCACGAGCUGGAGGACAUGAAGAUGAAGAUCUCGGCCAUCAAGAGUGAGGUGCAGAAGGAGAAAGCCAACAAGGGGCAGAGCCGGGCCAUCGAGCGCCUCAAGAAGAAGAUGUUUGAGAACGAGUUCUGGCUGCUGCUCAACUCACCUGCCAUCCCCUUCCGCAUCCACAACCGCAACGGGAAGAGCUACCUCUUCCUGCUGUCAUCCGACUACGAGAGGUCUGAGUGGAGGGAAGCCAUUCAGAAACUGCAGAAAAAGGACCUCCAGGCCUUUGUCCUGAGCUCAGUAGAGCUGCAGGUGCUCACGGGGUCCUGUUUCAAGUUACGCACUGUCCACAACAUCCCAGUCACUAGCAACAAGGAUGAUGAUGAGUCCCCUGGGCUGUACGGCUUCCUGCACGUCAUCGUCCACUCUGCCAAGGGCUUCAAGCAGUCUGCCAACCUUUACUGCACACUGGAGGUGGAUUCCUUCGGCUACUUUGUCAGCAAAGCCAAGACCAGAGUUUUCCGGGACACCACCGAGCCCCAGUGGAAUGAGGAGUUUGAGAUAGAGCUGGAGGGCUCGCAGUCCCUGCGCAUCCUCUGCUACGAGAAGUGCUACGACAAGACCAAGCUCAACAAAGACAACAACGAAAUCGUGGACAAGAUCAUGGGCAAGGGGCAAAUCCAGCUGGAUCCACAGGCCGUGCAGACAAAGAACUGGCACAUGGACGUGAUCGAGAUGAACGGGAUCAAGGUGGAGUUCUCCAUGAAGUUCACAAGCAGAGACAUGAGCCUGAAGAGGACCCCAUCCAAAAAGCAAACCGGUGUCUUCGGGGUCAAAAUCAGCGUCGUGACAAAGCGCGAGCGCUCCAAGGUGCCUUACAUCGUGCGCCAGUGCAUCGAGGAGGUGGAGAAGAGGGGCAUCGAAGAGGUUGGCAUCUACAGGAUCUCUGGCGUGGCCACUGACAUCCAGGCACUGAAAGCUGUCUUUGACGCAAAUAACAAGGACAUCCUGGUGAUGCUGAGUGACAUGGACAUCAAUGCCAUCGCUGGCACGCUGAAGCUGUACUUCCGUGAGCUGCCCGAGCCCCUUCUCACUGACAGACUCUACCCCGCCUUCAUGGAGGGGAUCGCCCUCUCGGAUCCUGCUGCCAAGGAGAACUGCAUGAUGCACCUUCUCCGCUCUCUGCCUGACCCCAACCUCAUCACCUUCCUCUUUCUGCUGGAGCACUUGAAAAGGGUGGCUGAAAAGGAGCCUAUCAACAAAAUGUCUCUCCACAACCUGGCCACGGUCUUUGGGCCGACACUGCUGAGACCCUCAGAGGGAGAGAGCAAGGGACACCUCACCCUGGCCUCCGACAUCUGGUCCCACGACGUGAUGGCCCAGGUCCAGGUCCUUCUCUACUACCUGCAACAUCCUCCCAUCUCCUUCACUGAGCUGAAACGCAACACACUUUACUUCUCCACGGACGUGUAGCCUGCAGGGAGAAGGCACCAGCUGCAAACACUCCCAGCUCCCUGCUGGGGCACACGGACUGAUGGCAGCCCCCCAGGGAGACCGGCCCGGACCCAAGGCCUGCAGCUCCUGUACAAUCGCGUCCCAGUGGCCCGGUCCCGCCGCAGGCGCCGUGCUCUCUGUAAAGUAGUCGUGUCUCAUGUCCCUUCUUGUGUUCAAGAAUUGUUUUUAUGUAUAUUUGUUCGACGAAGAGGUAGUGACUGACAAGGGCUGUGGACACAGGCUUCCCCCUUGGCUAGUUUUCUCCUGGACUCCUUUCUGCCUGCUCACUCCUCCCAGGCUCCCCCUCGUCUCGCCCAGCUCGAAGCCUGCAGCCUCCCACGAGUGCCUGUUUCGCUGCCCAGCUCCUCUGCCCCACACCUGCAUGUGCAGCACCACCUCACUUCAGAGGCUGGGAGCUCACAGGCCUCCCUUCCCCGGUGAUGGUGACGACCAGCUCUGCUUUUGCUUGCUGCCUGCACAAACGUUGGACCCCGCGCCUGGAUCCUGCUCUGGCCCCAGCAAACCUGCGAGAGUGGAGGAGCAGGGUGCUGCUUCUUCCUUGCCACGUCUCUUCUGGGUGCUUUCGGGCCAGUCCCCUCUCCAGCCUUUCUCCUGUGCUUUGCCUUUGUGUGCGUGUAGCGUGGUGGUUACUUCCCUCGCUGUAUCUCGCCUCUGAGUAGCGUUUUGGGGUAACCCAUCACACCAGGCUGGAGCGAGAGGUGCUGUGCUGGUCUCGAUCCAGGGCAGGUUUGAGAGAUGACCAGCUGGGCAGGUCUCUUCCUCUGCCACAGGCUGAUCCCAGCUCUGUGCUCUGGCACUCAUGGUGUCCCGUCAGAGCACGUGGAUCACACCAUUUCCGCAGCGAGCCCUGGUGUGCUGGGGAACAGGGUCCCCAGAGCUCUGCCGUAGUUUGGCACACGUGCCCCUGCCAGCCUGGGGUUGCUGGUGCUGGCUGUGUGCUGUGGCAGAGCUUGGCAGGGCACCAGCAUUCCUGCUGUGGUCAUGAGAAUGGGGAGGGUUUUGUCUCCCUCCUUGGUCUUCCCUGCUAUCCCAGGCACUGGGCAAAUGGCAGCAUGUGGCCCUGCCUCAGUGCCAGGUAGGGUGAUGGAGGCAAGUGCUCUGGGGCAGCUGGAUGGUCACUCAGCCUGGAAACCAGUGUAGAGGGACAGGAGAAAAGUCUUCGUGGCCCUCACUAUCGAAGGCACAAGUGCUUUGUUUCCUUUCUCACAAAGCAGUUGCUGCUGGGUUAGCCAUGCCCAGCCAGCUCAGGUCCAUUUUAGUUAGUGGCUCCAGUUCUUCACCCCCUAGGCUGAGGGCUGAAGUUGUCACGCCUUGCCCCAAGGCACGACAGCCACGUGCCUGGUUCCUGGCCUGUCCUCCACCCUCCCAGGUAGGUGCUGGUACCUGUUGGGACACAAACCCUUUCGCUCUGUGAGCCGAGUCCAUGUUCUUGUGGCAAAAGCCUCUCCCCGCCCACCCCCUUCCCCCGCGGCGUUGGCUCUGUGCUCUCCUGUGCCAAACGGAGAUGGAUGAGAAGUGACCGAGCAGAUCCUCGCCAACAGUGGCACUGCCUCUACCUUCCCCACUCAGACUGUUCCAGGUAGAGCCCGGCCGCCUGCCACUGACACACCAGGUAUGUCCUCAGCCCACCUCCCCAGGGAAGGCACCACCUGCCAGCCCUGCACCAGCAAAGCAACUCAAGGAGGGGAGGUGUUUCAGUCCCCCUCCAAAGGGCUCACACUCCAGACCCUGCUCCUCUUGACUACCAGCUAAACAGAAGGGAAACAGCAUUGCAGAAAAUAACCAGGCAUCUGUCUUGGCCCUGGACCCAGGAAGGAGGCCGAGUUUUAGAUCUGACUGCACAACGGAUCCCUGUGUGUGUGUGUCUUGAUUUGUUACACGCAUCCAAGUCUCUGUCCAUGAUACUGCCAUUCCAGAUGGAGACUCUGUACAGCCAAAUCCCUCCCGUGCGACAGCGGCUGGAGGCCGGGUCCACACAGCCCCGGCGCAGGGCUGCAGCCCUCCCCGUGACUGCCUUUGGCUUGUCCCUACAGGAAGGAAAAGAGUUUUUGGGGGGUGGACUCUUGCAGCUACAGGUAGAAUAGAACUGUUAAUUAAUAUUUGACUUUCAAAGGUUGUUAAGGAUAUAUUUUUGUUUGUGUUCUGUUUCAAUUCCUGUAGAGUAUAAACUUUAAAUGGCUGUAAACCAUGUGAGGAGAAAAGAAAGAACGUUAAUAAAAAUGCAAAGCCCCAACAUUUGCACAAAAGGA